GUGCAGGCAAGUAUGGCGUCUUGUAAUAAAAUGUUCGCCCUAAACCUGAUCUGUGUCUGCUUCGCAGUGGUGUUAGUUCACUGCAACCCUCAACCGGGUCAUGGAGGAGGACCUCCUACAAAUUCAAACAAUGACCCACCUGCAGCUUAUGACCCACCUUCAGCUCAUGACCCACCUGCAGCUUAUGACCCACCUGCAGCUAAUGACCCCCCUUCAUGUUAUGACCCGCCGACAGUCUAUGAAGACCCUCCUUCAAUCAACGACCCACCUGCAGCUCAUGACCCACCUUCAAGUUAUGACCCGCCGACAGCCCAUGGAGAUCCUCCUUCAAACAACGACCCACCUGCAGCUCAUGACCCUCCUUCAAGUUAUGACCCACCGACAGCCCAUGGAGAUCCUCCUUCAAACAACGACCCACCUGCAGCUCAUGACCCACCUGUAGCUUAUGACCCACCUACAGCUUAUGACCCACCUGCAGCUCAUGACCCACCUUCAAGUUAUGACCCGCCGACGGCUCAUGAAUAGCCCCCUUCAAACAAUGACCCACCAACCGCUAAUUAGGAGCCACUUGUAUGUGAAUUUCCUCUAUAACACUAAAAUAUAGUUCAGUUUACUAUUUCAAUAUGUAUUAUUAAAUACUGUUCAAAAUAAUUA